AUGGACGCGCUCCCGGCCGAGGCCUCCUGCCCCAUCUGCCUGGAAUAUUUCCGGGACCCCGUGUCCAUCCACUGCGGCCACCACUUCUGCCGCUCGUGCAUCGAGCGCUGCUGGGAGUGGCCCACGGCGGGGUUCGCGUGCCCGCGGUGCCGGGACACGGCCCCGCAGCGGAGCCUCCGCCCGAGCCGCGAGCUGGCGCGGGUGCUGGAGAUCGCCCGGCGCCUGAGCCGCGGGGAAGCCCUGGGAAGCGGGGACGAGGAAGAGGAAGGAUGCCGGAGGCACCGGGAGCCCCUGGAGGUUUUCUGCAAGGAGGACGGAGCUCUGCUGUGCGCGAUCUGCCGCGAGUCCCGCGCGCACCGCGCCCACACCGUGCUCCCGGUGCCGGAGGCUGUCCGGGAAUACAAGGAACAAAUCCAGGCUCGGCUGCAAACCCUGAAGGACGACAGAGAGAAACUCCUGGAGUUCCGCGAGGCUGAAAUGAAGAGAAACUGGGAGUAUUUGGAGAAGACCGAAGCCGAGCGGCAGCGGAUUCUCUCCCAGUUCCAGGGGCUGCGCCUCUCCCUGGAGGAGCUUUCCCGUCACCUCCUGGCUCGGCUGGGGGACCUGGAGAGCGACAUCGGGAAGGUGCAGGAGGAAAACGUGACGAGCCUGACGAAGGAGAUCUCCCGGCUGGACACCCGCGUCCAGGAACUGGAGGAGAAGUGCCAACAGCCAGCCAGGACCUUCCUGCAGGACAUCAGCGGAACCUUGACCAGCCUCGGAAAGGAAAACCUCCACCUGCCCCCGUCGCCUCUUCCAGAGCUGGAAAAGAAAAUUCAUCACUUCAGGGAGGAAAAUAUUCUCCUGGAGGAGACACUGAGGAGCUUCCAAGACAUCCUGAUGUUUGAGCUGCCGGAGAAAAUGACGGUGACGCUGGACCCCGGCACGGCUCACCCCCAGCUGCUCGUGGCGCCCGACGGGAGCAGCGUCAGCUGGGAAAGCGCCCAGGAGGACGGAGCCGGACCCGGACCCGGCACCGACCCCUCCGUGCUCGGCCGCGAGGGCGUCACGGCCGGGAGGCGCUGCUGGGACGUGCAGGUGGCCCCCGCGGGGUCCUGGGCCCUGGGAGUGGCCAGGGAGACCCUCGGGAGCGGGGCAGAGACCCCCGGGAGAGGGGCAGAGACCCCCGGGAGCGCCGAGUGGGAGCUCUGGUCCAUGGGGCUCUGCCAGGGCCAGUUCUGGGCUCUCACCUCCCUGGAGCGCAUCCCGCUCUUCCCGAUCCGGGCGCCCAGCAGGGUGCGAGUGGCCCUGGACUACGAGAGGGGCCAGGUGGCUUUUUUUGAUGCUGAUAAGAGAAGUCUGAUCUUCGCCUUCCCGGCAGCCUCGUUCAAGGGGCAGAGCAUCCACCCCUGGUUCCUGGUGUGGGGCGAGGGCUCCCGGAUCACCCUGUGCCCCUGAGCUUCCCCAAUUCCCGAGGUUUAUCCCGCACUCCUGGCACUUCCAGGGACUUACGUCUGCUGAAGUCUCUUUCAGAGAUGCUGAGCAUCCCUCGGGGUCGCUGUCCCGAGUUGUCACCCCAAAUCUGGU